AUGGGUACACUACCCACCCCAGAGGAAUCCAGAACUGAGCCUUCAAUUUCCCUGAUGGAAAAACAACCCACUCCAGAGGAAUCAGAAACUGUGUCUUCAGGUGCAACUCUGGAAAAAGGACCCGCCCCAGAGGAAUCAAAAACUAGGUCUUCGAGCUCAACCCAGGAAAAAGGACAAACUCUAGAGGAAUCAGAAACUGGGUCUUCGAGCGCAGCUCUUGAAAAAGGACCAACUGUAGAGGAAUCAGAAACUGUGUCUUCAAGUUCAGCUCUGGAAAAAGGACCCAUUCCAGAGGAAUCAGAAACUGGGUAUUCAGGUUCAACCCUGGGAAAAGGACCUACCCCAGAGGAAUCAGAAACUGGGUCUUUGAGCUCAACCCAGGAAAAAGGACCAACUUUAGAGGAAUCAGAAACUGUGUCUUCAAGUUCAACCCUGGAAAAACGACCCAUACCAGAGGAAUCAGAAACUGGGUCUUCAGGUUCAACCCUGGAAAAAGAACCCACCCCAGAGGAAUCAGAAACUGGGUCUUUGAGCUCAACCCAGGAAAAAGGACCAACUUUAGAGGAAUCAGAAACUGUGUCUUCAAGUUCAACCCUGGAAAAACGACCCAUACCAGAGGAAUCGGAAAUUGGGUCUUCAAUUUCAAAGCUAGAAAAACAAUCCAUUCAAGAGAAGGCAAAAAACAAGCUGGACUCUCAAUCCACAAUGGAAAAUAGUUUAAGAGAGGAGCUGGACCGAGAUACAUUGAAAGAAAAUGGGGAUUUAAAAUGUAGGGCAGAAAAUCAAAACAUGCAAGAAAAUCUUGAGAGUGCUAUGGAAAAUACUAUGAGAAACGUGAAUGUCCACCUCGAUGCGAUUGUUACGUUUAUCUGCCAGAUCCCACUGGUCUUUUCUAGUAUCCUAAGCCUUGUUAUAAACAUCAUAUAUCUGGUUCUCCAGAUUCUACUCUACUCAUUGUCACAGGCUCCAAACAUAUUGAACAAUCUGGGUCUCAAGGUGAAAUUCCGUGAGGAUAAAGUCUUGUUAUUCCUGCUUUGCAUUUCUAAUUAUCCCAGUGCGGUUGGAUACUGCGAAGGUUCAUGCAAAGCCUCCGAUCUGGUGAAUCAAAUCCUCGUCAUCCGAACUGAAACUGUUAUUUACUGUCAGUUCCACAGCAAUGCGACAUUCCCCACUACUUACCAGUGUUUAGACCACACUGCCAUUGUAGUGAAUAAGACCUGCCUGAAACUCCGGACCGAGGAAUGGCCAGAAUCUGGGUAUAUUUUGGACUUUGGCAAAGGACCACGUGGGGAAUCCAUGAAUUUUAUAAAAGAUGGAUGCUGGAAUUCCACAGAUACCCAGCCAGUCUCUGCUCGGAAAGCUAGGAAUCGCGCUAUAACGGCUGUCAUAAUCGCCAUCGCUGUGUCAGGAAUUCUUAUACUAAUCGGUUGCAUUUACAAAAAUUGCUGCCCACAGCCUGCUGCCUUAUCACCUUCUCAUCAUCAUCGUGGAAGCCAGGAUUCCGAAGCCCAGACCUUCAAUAUCACAGAGACCCCCAAGGCCAAUGACCCGGAGAGGACUCCAUUGUCUCUUAGUUCUAAGCGAUCCAGUGUGAGGGCUUUUCACAAGGGAACUGGUGCCGUUGACACAAAGCAAAUCCCAAGUGACGAGUUACACUUGGCAAUGCCCAUUGUCAGUGUGGAGAACAUGAAACCAUCUGUGAAAGAAGCUGUGGCCUUCCUUGUAGCAGAUAAACCACCAGCUUAA